CAAAAGAUGGAAAAACUGGACGAGGUCGCAAUUGCCACACUAAGAGGUAUGCUACAGGGGUUACUUUUAUGUUGUACUGGCGUUCUUUACCUAUCUUAACGAUUCGUGGAUUUGCGGCUAAUGGGCUAAAGUUUAGCAGCUAAUCUACAUCAGAAAAUGUCUGGUGUUGCAUUAUGAUUCCCAUCUAGAAAUAGGUUAAGUCUAAUUAAGCUUUGGGUCCAUUAUGUUAAUAUUAGGGGCUGUAAAUGCUGAAAAAACAGCAACACCUUGUUGUAAAACGUUAAGGGUUAAUUGAUUAAGCAGUGCGCAUGCCCAGGCAUGAGCCGGAGCCGUUGGAGCUCUUUUGCGCGCACAGGACCCCGGCACUAUCAGUACAAGGCGCCUGAGUUUAAUCUGUAGGCUAACGCAUUUGUUUAAAGGUGCCAUUUGUGGUGCCAAUUGUCUAUCAAGCUUUACAAAAUAUAUUAACUGACAUGAAAUGUGAAUGCAUUUUAUCUAGCAAGGCUCUAUUGUCACUCUUACUGUAGUUUGCAUGGCUUCAAUAUAUGUACCGGUAAUUUAUAAAUGCUGUCAAAUUCACUCACUGCUCUUGAAGUAAAAAUGUUAAAAUCUGAGGGAAUUAAAUGAUAACCUUUGUUUCUUGGCCCUGUCUGUAACUGUUCUAUAUUCCAGCUGCUAAUAUUGGAGAAGACUUACUCCCCUCGCUUUCCCGAGACGACAUCAAAGACCUCUUUCCUGGUCCUGAAAAUUUCUUGAGGCGGCGGGCUAUAUGGCUUGUUGUAAAUAAAGAUGAAAAGGUGGAUACUGCUCCCGAAAUUCAGCAAUCACCCCCCACUGGAGGCAGUGACUUUUCAUUAGAGGAGGCCAAUACUUCUAAAUUUGUGACUAUGUCAAACCCAGAAUACAUAGUCUUCACCGACAGUGAGCUUGAACAGGUGCGACGCUCCUACUUUGAACAGAAACGACUGGGGACCGAGCACAAUGGGACCCUAUCCAAGGAACUCUUCUGCUGACUCAUAAGAAACACUAUGACUAACAUGAUCUCCAUCGCAAGAGCCACAGAGGACUCCAGAUACCCCACCAAACAUGAGGUGAAUGCCAUGGCAAAGCGACUGGUGGAUUACUAUCCAAUGAUAAAAGACAGGUCAUCAAUCAAUGAGUGGGAGCAUGUUGCCAAAAAGCUCAUGAAGAGACUCUCAAAUGUCAGAAGUCCAAAGAAGGUCAAAGGUCCUCCUUCCAAGAAACCACGACAAGAAGUCAGUUCAGACGUUGCAACUACUGACUACGAUGGAGACUCCAGUACAUCCACCAUUAUUCUGGAACGGUCACCUGUUAGUCCCAUGGGCAUCCCAGUAGAUCUGUCACCUAGAACCAGCACCCCAGUGCAGAACCGGAACAGCAGUGAUGAAGAAUCUUGUUCAGUUGACAUCAUGGACAGCCAGAAAAUCCAAGCAAGACACUACAAGACCCUCCAAGAAAUAUACAAGUCCAAAAAGCCAAACAAAGCUGCGGUAACUCAUUUGCUGAACAUGGAAUUUGAGUCUCGAAGAUGCUUCAUCACCUCUGAUGUUUUAAAGGAGCAAGACAGAGCAACAAAGAUUCUAGAGGCUUACCCUUGUUUCAGAGAACUGGAUCAUGUGCUGGAUGAGCUGCAGCUAAUCAUCCAACCGACCAACUCCCAGUACAUAUCAGAGAUGCAGAACAGGUGGAAAACCUUCUAUUCAAAGGUCCAGUUUUAUGGAGUGAUGAAGAAGGCCAUGAAGAUUCCUAAAACUUUGAAUGGAGUGGAGCAUAUCACAGCUGUCUUCAGAGCCCUGCCACUGCUCUUUCCGUCCAGCACUUUGCCACCGAAGAAACUGGGCUCAAGCAGCGAGGCUCUUUUCCAUGUCCUAGCGACUUCUGAGGAUCCUAAUGGUUUCUUGCAACAGCGACCCCUGUCUUCUCUGGUUCUGCUAGUUUCUGAGGACAACUACAUGAUCGCCAUCGGAAAAACACCUGUGACCACCUUCACCAUGGACAGACUUAAUGAGGGACUUCUCUACGUCAUGGCAUAUUACUAUGCCCUGCACAUGACCUACCCCAAGUGCAUUUCUACACUACUCUCAGUACUGCAGACAGAGGUACUUCAAGAUUCAAUUCAUGAGCAGGAUUUGACCCCUCACUACAAAAAAGCAAUGGGUGAGUGGAAGUCAUUCAGUGAGUGAGUCCCUUUGUCCAUCACUCUGCCCCACUCUGCCUGUUGUAAGACUUUCAAAGAAAGUUGAUGUUCUGUUUUAAAAAAAAGUUCAUCACAGUUGGACACAUUUGUUGGUGAGAUUGAAAACCUUUCCUGUGGGAUAAUAUGCUGCAAAGCAUCUGCAACAUGUUGUUUAUUGCUGUAGUAUGCUGCUACAAUAACUGAUUUUUUUUUUUAUAGUGAGGUUCAGAUCAAAACUGGUUUUUCAAUCUGUUAGAUUAUGAUAGCUCUAAUGUGGAAGUCCUUUUUUGGAUGUUGAGUUGAGCAAUUGUAUUGCAAAGUUAAUAAAAAUAUAUUAAAUGAGAAUGUUUUGGUGUCUUGAUUUAAGACAACAUCACUUAUAUUUGUUAUGCUGUUUUAAGAAAUUAUGUCUUAUUUUAACUACUUUUAUGCUCAUUAUCAAUCCCAGAUUAAGGUGUCAAUUCUUAAAUUUAAUUUAGUCAAGAGACUUAAAUUCUAAUUUUAAGUAACUUAAUCUUAAAUUUGUGAUUUUUUCAUUGCUUGUUUUAGAAGAAUUCGGGUUAAUUUAAGAUUUUCUGUCUAGUUUAAAGUCUCAUUUUAGUCUUUCAGAGCUAAGAAUUUUGGGCUUAAUUUAAGAAAUCUUGUCAAGCAAAAAAAGCUUACCCCAUUGGCAGAUUUUUUUGCUUGAUAUAGGAUAAUUUGAUUGAAUAUAAGAAUUUUUUGCUUCUUUUUAGAAGGGCAGUUUUUGCAGUGUAUGAAUGUCAGGGCUUCUGGAUACUUGAUGACACCACAGGAGCUGGAUGGAGGCAGGUUGUGUUUUUAUUGUGUUGGCUUUUUACAUCUGGGCAUCGAGGCCACAUUAUCUUGUGUAAUAGAAGUGAGAGUUAUUCAGAAAAAAAUGUAUCAAGAAACCUAUUAGGAAUGUGUCUGAUGGGAGGAGACAAACAAACACACACACACACACACACACACACACACACACACACACACACACACACACUCUGAUGAGUUGCCAUGACAGAUACUUGAUCAGCCUCAUGUUCAGACCUGUGUGACAUGUCGCCCUGUAGCCACGCCUAUUCUUUCCCAAAGAAAAUAUUCAUUUUGCCAAAAGUCUCUUGAGGCCCAUUAUUAGUUUUACGAGCAGAGAGUGAAGAAGAAGAUCUUAGCCACUGUUUGAAAAGCUACACUCGUCUACAUGACUCUUUUUCAAAACGUGUUUUUUAUAAAGUGGGUCUGUUGUU